GGCAGAAGGGACAAAAUGAAGAAUUAGACAAAGGAAAUUUGCCCCAAGUGAGAUUAAUAAAGCAAAAGAGGUGGUUGUGUGACUAUGUGGUCAGGUGGAGGAAAAUUUCAAGUUGGCAGUGGUGGGAUUUCACAAUAUAUUGUGGACUUGGAUUUAAGGAACUGUUUUUGCAGAGAAUGAGAUUUGACUGGUUGGCCUUGUGUUCAUGGAGUGGUAGCUAUAAAUUACAAUGGGGGCUUAAACGUAAUGGAUUAUGUGGAUGCAUUUUAUCACACUCAGACAUAUUUCAAGGCAUAUGAAAACCUCAUACUACCUAUGAAUAGGAUGGAGUUGUGGGAUAGAACUAAUAUGCCACCAUGUGUGCCUCCUUCAUACUCCAAACAACCUAGAAGGCCAAGAAAUGCUAGAAGGAAGGAAACAGGUGAAUGCAGCAACAAGGCCAAUAUUGUUACAAAAGUUCAAGACUCACUGAGGUGUGGCCAAUGUGGAAGAAAAGGCCACAAUAAAAGGACUUGUCAUAGGAAUCUCCCCCCAAAAACAAAAGUCAAAAAGAGGAAGGCUGAGCAAACUACUCAAACAAGUGAAGCUGGUCCCAAUACAAAAACAAGGCGAGCUAAGCCUACAAGAUCUGUGCAUAAAGGAAAAAGAAAGAGAAAGGCCACCAAUGCAGCUGGAAGUUCAAAUGCACCACCAACUGAUUCAGCUGCUCCAUCCUCAACACCUACAACUGGAUCUGCCUCUCUUGCAACUGGAUCUGCCUCUCAUGCAUCAACUGAAGCUUCAACUGACAAUUCUUAUUUAUUGAGGAAACGACCUAUGGUUGUGGGAGCAUUAGACUUGAGCAAGGAAUGAUGAUGGUUUGUGUUGUAUUAGCCGGUUUGGUUAUUUUGAGCAUGAGACAGUUUUACCUUUAUUAGCUGGUUGGAUUAGGUUAUUAUAUUAUUAUGUUAUUUUGGAAGACAACUUGCCUUGUGAUCAAAUAUGUAAGACAGGUUCUGUUUUUUUUUUUUUUUUUUUUUUGGGAAUACAGGUUCUGCUAUUUUGGAAGGUUGUAAAUGUUGUUCUGUGGCUUAUUUUGUUGUAAUGCUACAAGUGGAUAUGUUAUUAGGUAGCCUAUUUUGUUGUAAUGCUGCGAGUGAAAAUCAAUUUGCUCAUAUGUUGUACACACAAGUUAUUGGAAUGAACAUGUCAUUGCAUUACCAAAAUUUCACACUGUAUGCAGAUUACAUAGCCAUUCCCAUUACAUAACAAAAAUGCAAAAUGUUCAUUCCCAUUACAUAACCAAAACCACACUGCUUUCCAUACCAAAGACACAGUGCAGAUCUAACUAAAUGCAUAGUACUUCCCAUACCAAAGCACAGUGCAU